GACACUUGACAGCUGUUAGUCGAAUAAAGUGUUUUGUCGUAGAAAACGCAAAAUUUUAUUUGGUUGGAUUGAUUGUUACGUAAAAAUAAUUUGCAAUGUUCCAAGUAAUUAGACAUAGUGCUAGUCUAGCUAAGGGAUCAUUGUCAAGGUCUCUUCCGGCCUUCUCGACAUGUGUUCCACUCUGGAAACUAAGUGAUCCAUCCAGCAUAAAUGAAGCACCGAUGAUCGACAACGAAGCAGUUCUCGCACUGCCCCAGCAAGCACGAGAGAGGUCGGCGUUGGAGUCAACCAUAAUGGUCCCGGAGAAGGUGGACCUCACUCCAGUGAACGGCGUCCCCGAGGAGCACAUAAAGACCCGCCGCGUGCGCAUCUACCAGCCGCCCAAGAACGCCAUGCAGAGCGGCACCAACAACAUCCACCACUGGCAGAUGGAGUUCGACAACCGCCAGCGCUGGGAGAACCCCCUCAUGGGCUGGACCUCCACCGGAGACCCCCUCUCCAACAUGAAGAUCCAGUUCAAAACACCCAAGGAGGCCAUUGAGCAUUGCGAGAAGAACGGGUGGGCCUGGUACUUGGAUGUGCCCAAGACGGAUAAGGGAUAUAAGGUCAAGAACUAUGGAAGCAACUUCGCAUGGAACCGCCGCACUAGAGUCUCCACCAAGUAAAUGUUAGUACAAUUGAUUGUUGAUUUAUUUUUACUUUUAUCAGCGCAGUUAUCACUGUAGAUGUAUUUAUUACUGACAGAAAUAAGUAUUUUUUUUUACUUAUAGAGGUAUUCAGCGAUCAGUAGGUAUGUAUAUAAAUUAAUUAUGGGUAGUAAAUUGCAAAUAAAAUGAAAUAAAAAUUCA